CUAGUAUGACUUAUGAGGAAGGAAGGAAAAUGUUUGGAUAAGCAGAGACAGUUAGACAUUAAUAAUUUUCUCCGAAAGAGGGUAUAUAUAUAUAUAGAUAUAUAUAUAUAUAUAUAUAGGUUUGAUCUUUGUUUUAUGCAGAAACUGAAUUGCAUUCCAUUGUGUUACUGAUACAAAUUGGAAUUCAUUUCUACUUGCUCUAACAAUGAUUUCUGGAGUGGAUGCAGAGGACUGCCUUGGAUGGGCAGCAAGUGAUACAUCAGGAUUUCUCUCACCUUAUAGAUUUGGCCGCAGGGCUGUUGGGAGCGUCGACGUUUCAGUAAAAAUUACUCACUGUGGAGUUUGUUAUGCUGAUGUAGUAUGGACCAGGAAUAAACUUGGAGAUUCCAAGUAUCCAGUAGUGCCAGGACAUGAGAUAGCUGGAAUUGUGACAGAGGUUGGUUCAGAUGUUCAUGGCUUCAAAGUAGGUGAUGAGGUUGGAGUUGGAACUCAUGUUAAUUCAUGCAGAGAUUGUGAGUAUUGCGAUAUAGAUCUUGAUGUCUAUUGCUCAAAGGGAUCUGUCCGUACUUUCAACUCCGUCGAUGUGGAUGGUACAAUCACCAAAGGUGGAUACUCUACUUACAUUGUUGUUCACCAGAGGUACUGCUUUAGGAUACCUAAUGGCUACCCUUUGGCCUCAGCAGCACCAUUGUUAUGUGCUGGAAUUACUGUCUACAGUCCAAUGAUACGCCAUAAGAUGAACCAACCUGGCAAAUCUCUCGGGGUGAUCGGGCUAGGUGGCCUCGGUCACUUGGCUGUGAAGUUUGGAAAGGCGUUCGGAUUGAAUGUAACAGUUUUCAGCACAAGUUUAACGAAGAAAGAUGAAGCUUUAGACAUGCUCAAAGCAGACCGGUUUGUGGUCUCAUCAGACGAACAGCAAAUGACAGCCCUGGCUAGUUCACUUGACUUUAUAAUUGAUACAGCAUCCGGGGAUCACCCAUUUGAUCCAUACAUGUCCAUGUUGAAGACCGGUGGCACCCUAGUCCUGGUUGGUGUCCCGAGUGAAGUCAAGCUUAGUCCUGGGAGUCUUCUAUUUGGUAUGAAAAGCAUUUCUGGUAGUGCGACGGGCGGUACAAGAGAGAGGCAAGAAAUGUUGGAUUUCUGUGCAGCUCACAAAAUAUACCCAGAGAUAGAAAUGAUUCCCAUUCAGUAUAUAAAUGAAGCUCUUGAAAGGGUUAUAAAGAGGGAUGUUAGAUACAGGUUCGUUAUUGAUAUUGAGAACUCUCUGCAGUGAUACCAAAACAGAACAAAACAAUGAGCUGUCUCUACUCUCAAUGCUUGUAAUGUUAGCAAAGGAAGGAGUGACCAAAUAAAGCAUAUAUGUAUAUGUAUGUUCAAGUCAUAAAAGCAAACAUAUAAUAAACCACAAGUAUGUUAUUGUAUCUCAGGCCUCAGUUGGCUCAAAACAGGUCAAAUCCAGGAUGUAAAUUUUUGCAAAAAAUUCCUUUUGCAAUUAGAUUGAAAUUUGCUGUCAGUGACAUUUGUAUGUCUGAUACGUCUAUAAAGGCUUGAGAGUUCUGUUUUUUACUUGUUACUUUGUGUUCCAUGAUGGGGAAAUAGUUUCAGUUUUCCCAUUGGAUUUGAA